AAAUGGCUUAGUAGAAAGGAAAAAAUAAAAUAAAUCAUAGACAACGGUAGGGAGAUUGGAUAUGUAAUAGCUGCAAUAAUAUGAAUUUUGCAUUUAGAGAUACUUGCAAUAGAUGUCAUACAUAAAAGAAUUAUAAAGAAAAUGAGAAUAAAGGAUUCAAAUCUGCUUUAUUUCUAACAGAGAGUAAUGGUGAUAUUCCACCAAUAUCUGAUAGAUCUAAUAAAUCUUCUGGAGAGAAAAAAGAUAAUAGUAAUAAUAAGUUCUCAUUUGAUAAAUUACCUUCGAUGGAACCAAUCUUGAAAUAGAUUACAAAAGAAACAUGUAAAAAACAAUUAAAUUAGAAGAACAAAAAUAUGAUUUAUUUGAGUUUGAAUGGUAGUGCUAAUAAUGUGAAAAGAUUAAUUAAUACUAUAAAAUUCAUUGUGCUGAGUGCGGAGCUCAAAGGUACAGAAAAUUUACAGUAUGAUUUUUAUAACCUAAAUGGGGG